CUAUGCAUACAGGAACCUCAAAGGCAUAUUAAGGGAGUGAGCUAAGAGAGAGAGAAGCUAGAAAGAGAGCUCGGAUAUUAUCUAUUGCAGCGAGAUAUAGUGUUUGGUUUUAUUCUAUAGAUAUGAAAUCAAACAAAUAAGAAACCAGAUCACUAUCUGGAAGAGUCCGCAGUUCUCUGCAUUAGUAUAUAGUUUUCCUUCCGAGUUUCGUCUAUGGCUUUUUCUUGACUUUGGCAGAAUCAAAGCCGGCCAACUCUUUGCAGAUUUGGGUACCAUCCAAAGCCAUUUAUGUUAAUUUGGAUUUUACUCCUCCAAUCCCUUUGUUUUCUUCCUUGUACUGUCUGAAACCCUUUGAAAGAUAGCUGUUUGCUUCUGGUCUUCAGUUCUCACUGCGUCGCUACGUGUAGCUGGCUAUAACCCUUCCAAUAUAUCCAAAUGAUGUCUGGCGACCCUUUCUCCUUAUCCACUUCCAUCGGAGGUUUUGCUCCACAACAAAACCCGAACCCAAACCCUAACCCUAAACCUAAUCCCAAGAAGAAAAGGAAUCUCCCGGGAACACCAGAUCCAGAUGCGGAGGUCAUCGCGCUCUCACCGAAAACUCUCAUGGCCACCAACAGGUUCAUUUGCGAAAUAUGCAACAAAGGGUUUCAGAGAGAUCAGAACCUUCAGCUUCACCGGAGGGGUCACAACUUGCCAUGGAAGUUACGACAAAGGUCCAAUAAAGAAGUUCGAAAGAAGGUCUACAUCUGCCCGGAGAAGACGUGCGUCCACCAUGACCCAUCCAGAGCUCUGGGCGACCUCACGGGCAUAAAGAAGCAUUUUAGCAGAAAACAUGGAGAGAAGAAAUGGAAGUGUGACAAGUGUUCCAAGAAAUACGCGGUCCAAUCUGACUGGAAAGCUCACACCAAGACUUGUGGAACAAGAGAAUACAAGUGCGAUUGUGGGAACCUAUUCUCCAGAAAGGACAGCUUCAUUACACACAGAGCUUUCUGCGACGCCUUAGCAGAAGAGAGUGCGAGACUCACCUCGGUUGCCACAACAAACCUGAAUUUCAAGAACGAAGGGAAUGCGAUGAGCUCACAACCUAGCCUGGGACUUGAAAACAACGCAGAGGUAAUCUCUCAAUUUGGCUCGCAUGGAUUUCGUGCAGAUUUUAAUGGAGGAAUGGGUACGGACCAGCAAAGAGCAAGCUUAUCAAUGUGGUUGAACCAGGGAAAUAAUAACGGCCUUGACGUUGGAGGGCUGUACGGGUCUUCAAGUUGUUCUUCAGGUUUGGGUGACCGUAUGGCACAAAUGACUACCCAAGCUAAUAACAAUGCUUUUGGGUCUUGCAAUUUCGGAAUGCCUUCUUCAAAUUCAACAAACGCAGGUCUUUUACUAUCAAGUGGGAAAAGGAGCGAAGCUAUGUCAAAGCCAGCUUCUCCCAUGUCAGCGACUGCUUUACUUCAGAAAGCAGCUCAGAUGGGUUCCACCAGAAGCAGCAGCAACAACAACAACAAUCCCUCUAUUUUCAGUGGCACUUUGGGAGUGAUGUCCUCGUCUUCUAAUUCCCACGCGACCACUAAUCUCAACGAUAACAACAACACCAACAACCCCCAGAACUUUAGUUCAACUAGCAGUGCUGAGCCAGUGCUAGCAGAUAACAACUUUAGCUCGUUCACACAUGCAUCGAACAGUACUAAUCUUGACCAGCUCUUGAUGCAGACCAGUGCAAAGCAAAGUGAACAACAAGUGCAAUUGAAGCUUUACCCAGGUGUUUCAUCCGAACACAAUUUAACGAGAGAUUUUCUCGGCAUGGGUGGUGGCGGUGGUGCCGGAGGAGCUGGGCCUCCUCCCCCGUUUUUACCACAAGAGCUGGCAAAGUUUGCGUCCAUUGGUUCCCCCAUGGGUUUAACCCAAUUUACUGCCAACCAUUGAAGUCGUUUCUAUGUUUUUACUGAUUGGAUAGAUUAGGCAGCCAGCUAGGCAACGCAGGCCCUCCUUGUGUAAGUAAAAACAAGGCAAAUUUGAAGUUUCAUUGGGUAGUUGAAGAUUCCACCAAUGUGACCCAGCUUGUGUGUGGGGGGCCCACUGCAUGUCUGAGGUGACCCUAGCUAGGAGCAGCGAUCUCCGAGACUCAGACUCAUGCAUGUUCUCCUAAUUGUAGUUGUUGUUCUUGUUCCUGCUUUCUUGUUUUUUGUCUUCCGUCUUAGCCUUCUUAUCUUAUCUUGUUCGCCUUCUCUUUCUUCGAUCAAAACUAAUAUAGUCUGCAGUGCAUAAAAUAAUCUUGGAA